AUGCAUCAAAUCGAGCCGAGCUUGCGUAUGGCCCACGCAGGACGAGCUGCACGAUCGACGACAUCGCCGCGCAUCGAGAACGUCCAAGUCACUGUCGCCUGCAAGGUCUGUGAAAAACACCGAAACCGUUGUCCGAGAAUCAGCUAUCGUCGCACCGGAGCCGGCUACGAGCCCAUUGCCAUCUUUUGUGUGCCGGAAAAUCGGGUUCAGAUCAGACCUUUUGAACUCAGCGACAUUCCAAUCCGACCUAGAAGUAGACUGCUUUCGACACUUCGUCAACGGAUUUCUCCCCCUCCUGCUGCUUUCCACUAG